UUAUAAGGACAUGCGUCAUGUUGGGUUAAGGGCCCACCCUGCUCCAGCAUGGCCUCAUCUUAACUAAUUACGUCUGCACAGACUCUUUUCCCAAAUAGGGCUCACAUGCGGAGGUACUGGGGGUUAGGCCUUUAACGUCUGUUUUUGGGGGACACAGUUCAACCCAUAAUACUUGUCCUAUUAACAUAGCGCAAAUAAAACAUUCUCAGUAGCAGUGCUGCUGAAUUCCAGGCCUCCUUCUCAACAGCUGGUGUCAUGUGAGAGCAGGGUGGUGGCACUGCUGGGAAAAUCACUCAGCACGGUGCCCUGGGAGUCAGUGUGGAGAGCGUGCAAUGCACAUCCCUGGGGAGUGCGGUCCCUCCCUGCCUUCAGCUCCACGGGGGCCUCCAGUAAUCCUGAGGGAGAUUACAGGGUGCUGGUGGAUGAAGGAGUCGGUGCAUCCUUCUCACAGAAGCCCCUACGUAAGGAGGCUCCUCCUUCCCUAGCCUACACAAACAUGAUUCUUCCCCCUUCACUCUAACUGAAGGGUCUUAUCUGUGCCCAGAAGAGGCCCCCCCCCCUGAGGUGACAUUGAGAGACUUCCUUAGGGUGGGGAGAGAUUAUUAAUUUUUAGGCCACAUCAGUUUGCUUUAGUGAGGGCCCUGGAUGGUACAGAGGGAGCGUUGUGUAUUCUUAACACAUUUAUUAAAUUUUGCAGAUUUUUUUAGCUAAAUUUUAGUAGAAUUUUGUUUUCAAAUUAUUCCUGGCUUGUAGAUCAGUAAAGCUAUACUUCAGACUCUCAAGGGGUGAAGACUUCGAUUUUCCUCAGGGUUAUGAGAAUUCCUGAAUUCAUUGCCCCCUCAGUGUGGCAGGGUGGAGGUUGAGCUGACUCAUCCCUGUGUCCUUAGGGAGACGGUUCAGAACAGUUCCCUGCACUGUGCGUUCCUGCAGGUUUUCUGCUCUUUUUCUCUCGAAUCCCACAGACCUGUCUAAUGGAUGCUGCAUCACCCGUCUUUUUUUUUUUUUUUCGAGGAAGAUGGGCCCUGAGCUAACAUCUGCCAAUCCUCCUCAUUUUUUGCUGAGGAAGACUGGCCCUGGGCUAACAUCUGUGCCCAUCUUCCUCCACUUUAUGUGGGACGCCGCCACAGCAUGGCCUGACAAGCAGUGCGUUGAUGCACACUCGGGAUCCCGAACCGGCAAACCCCGGGCCGCCGCAGCGGAGCGUGCGCACUUAACUGCUUGCACCACUGGGCCGGCCCCCGCAUCACCCGUCUUUGAUAAACAUCACUUAUUCAGAUGUUGGUUCCCUGGGUCUGAUGUCACUGUCUCCUCUCCCUCGUAACUGCAGACAGAAGUCACGUUCUUCCUAAUAUCCGCUUUCACUGCUGGGUUAUUCUGCCUGCCUAGGAGGGUGAUUCUUUAAGUUGGUUGCUGGACCAGCAGCACCUGGAACUUGUUAGCAUGUAGCAACAUUCUAGAAUGUUCAAGAAUGCAUAGAAUGCCCCACCCCAGACCUGUGUAGGAAAAACGAUGAUGGGGACACAACUGUUGUUGUUGAAAAGGACCAUUUUAUGGAUGAUUUCUUCCAUCAGGUUGAGGAGAUCAGAAACAGUAUAGCUAAAAUAGCUCAGUAUGUUGAAGACGUAAAGAAAAACCACAGCAUCAUUCUCUCUGCACCAAACCCAGAAGGAAAAAUAAAAGAAGAGCUUGAAGAUUUGAACAAAGAAAUCAAGAAAACUGCUAAUAAAAUUCGAGCCAAGUUAAAGUCUAUUGAACAAAGUUUUGAUCAGGAUGAGAGUGGAAACCGAACUUCAGUGGAUCUUCGGAUACGAAGAACCCAGCAUUCAGUACUAUCUCGCAAGUUUGUAGAAGUUAUGACAGAAUAUAAUGAAGCACAGACUCUAUUUCGGGAGCGAAGCAAAGGGCGUAUACAGCGUCAGCUGGAAAUAACUGGAAAAACCACCACUGACGAUGAGCUGGAGGAGAUGCUGGAAAGUGGGAAUCCUUCCAUCUUCACCUCAGACAUUAUAUCAGAUUCACAAAUUACUAGACAAGCUCUCAAUGAAAUUGAGUCGCGUCACAAGGAUAUCAUGAAGCUGGAGACCAGUAUCCGAGAGCUGCACGAAAUGUUUAUGGAUAUGGCUAUGUUUGUUGAGACUCAGGGUGAAAUGAUCAACAACAUAGAAAAAAAUGUUACGAAUGCCUCAGACUAUGUAGAACAUGCUAAAGAGGAAACGAAAAAAGCUAUGAAAUACCACAGCAAAGCGAGAAGGAAAAAGUGGAUAAUUGUUGCUCUGUGUGUGGUUCUGGUUGCUGUAAUUGCUCUAAUUAUUGGUUUAUCAGUUGGCAAAUGAGGAUGCGGAUGCCGUCAGUGUGCCUGCCCCCCUGCCAGUGUGACAAAAAUGAUGUUCAUUAUUAUUUGUGUAAUUAUUUUGCUUGUGAUCCUUGGAAUUAUCCUAGCAACAACAUUGUCAUAGCAACCAUUUCCCAAGAGACAUUCGUCCUUGGAGUCAGACCACAUCUGCAGCAGAUCAGCGUCCUCCCAUUUCAUGAAUGAAUCCCAGACAUUGUGACAUGUGGCGUUGGGUGCUGACUUUUCACUAGUGAAUUCAAGGAGGAAACACAACAGAACAUAUUGUUCAGUGAAAAAACCGUAAGCAGAAUGGAUGUGAUGAGUUUACCCAACAUCCUUGGACCCUAAAUAACACACCACAAAAAUUUAACAAUGUGAAACUUGUUUCAAUGGCCUUAAAAAAAGGAAUUAUUGAAAAUUUCAAUUUUUUUAAUAUUUCAGUGUUAAGGAUAUAUGUGAAGUUUAAUUAGGAAUAUUUUAUGUUAUAAAGCUAUUAGAUUUCAGGUCUAAUACUUUCUUCUCUCCCCUCCUCCCAGCCAACAUAUGCUAAUUCAGAGACGUUUUAUACAAUGUUUAAUUCCUAUUUGUUUAUUGUUUGCAAUAGUAAUUUUUAUUAUCACAGCUGUUUUGUAAGAUAUCUAUAAUUUUAAAUGUGUAUAAAUUGUUUAAUAUAUUAACUUCUUAAUUUACUCCGUUUUUAUAUAUUACAUACUGCUUUUUAAAAGAAAUAGGGAGCUUCGUGAGAUUGGAACCAUCUUUGCGCAGUUGUUUAUAAGAUUUGCCAUUGGCAUAGACAACAUUGGCUGCAAAACACCGCAAAGAGCCUUUCAAGUGCCUUCUGUUCAUGUUGAUUUAUCAGGUUUAAAUGCGCCUGAUUCCGCCCAGAAAGUCCCGAUUCUUGUUCUCGGCUCCAUUUCUACCUGUUGCGUUACCCGAGAUGAUAAAUUAGUUACUGCAUGGCAAAGGCAGUGGCCUCUUCUUUGUUCCUUAAAAUAAGAUUUGUGUUUCCCUGUUUAUAUUAAUAAAGUCCGAAUUUAAAAUGGUGGUGAAACCAAGAUUUAGUACUUUCUAAACUCAAGGAAAUUAUUUCUAGACAUUAAGUAAUUCUUUUAAAUUUAAACUGUCAUACAGUUAACUUAAAUGUUCUUGUUAAGUACCUGCUAUUCUGCUGAACUUUAAAAUUCCCAAAGUUUAUAGGGAUCUAUGCUAAUUAAACAUUUUUAUUGCUCAUUAAUGUUUUUUAGUAUAAUAAUAUGCUUUAUUUUUAGACUUUUAAAAUGUGUGAAAUCUUACUAGUACAUGGACAUCUAUUAAGUUAGCAACGAGUCGGAAUUUUAAAUGAAUAUGUGAAGGCUACCCAAAAUAUGUCAACUCUUGUUACUUCUGUGUGUGAUUGUAUAAGCAUGUAACUGUAUUGUAACAUUGUUUGCUUUGAAAACUAAUAUAGGUGUGCUUGCUUCCAAACAAUACAUGUGAGUUGUAUCGAACAGUUUAGAAACUCUGUUCCUCAUUUAACACAAUUAUGAGUUAUUCUACUCAUUCAUCACUUCUGCACCCAGCUGCUUAGCUUAGAUUCAAGUCUCUAUUGUUGCGUUUAUUUACCUGCUGAUCAUCACUGUCCUCAGAAUUGCUACGGGAGUAUUCUGGCUCUAACCUAGAUUUUAACAUAUCACUGGGAUAUGCUCACUGAUCUGUGCUUAAGUUGAAGAUAUAACUUGUCUUGAAGGAUGUUUACAUAUGUAGAGAUCAUGCUUGUGUUACUGUAACGUUGUCUGUGUGGUGGUGUCCCCGUGUGGGGGAGCUGUGUGCCGAGGACAGCCAGCUCCGUCUGUCCACCUUCUCUUCAAGUGCAGUCCUACUAGUCCUCGCCUUUCCUGACCAUUCUGACCGUACUUCUUCAAGUCAGCCUUCCUAGAUUUGGAGUAUUUACUGAAUUUGUGUUUUUAAUAAUUGAAGUUACGGAAAUGCCUUUUUGAUUUGUAUUUAGAUUUUAAGUCAUUCAUCUGAUAGCACAUUUAUGUGUCUAAGCCUCAUGUACCUGUUUGAAACCAGAUUUUUUAAAAUAUAUUUACAGGUUCAUUUGUGACUUUUUAUCAUUUCUUCAAAUAUUUUAUGUUUACAUUAAAAAAAUUCCCAGAGAACCAAAAAAUUUUGCUUUCUGCCUUGUCAUUUCUUAAAAGAUUUU